ACGUCCUCUGCAGCAGAGCGAGCAAGACAACAGAGACGAUGGGAUUUUAAACAGAAGACUCGACAUGAAGACAAACUUAUAAUUGUGUUGUUUCUUUUAUUCACGUGUGACGUUCUCCGUGGAGCAAGUUUACUCCUUUGCACUGGAUGCUGCGAUGCGCAGAAAGUGACAGCGGUCCUAUCUCUUCUACAGUCCUCAACGAGUUAUACGCCAUGAAAGACGACUUUGCAGACGAGGAGGAAGUACAGUCUUUUGGAUACAAGAGGUUUGGCAUCCAGGAGGGCACCCAGUGCACUAAGUGUAAGAAUGAAUGGGCGCUGAAGAUCUCCAUCGCUCUGCUCUACGUGCUGUGUACGCUCCUCACCAUCGCUGUCGCUGUGCUUGGAUAUAAAGUGGUGCAAAGAGUUGACAGUGUGUCUGAAGGUAUUGCAAACUAUGGAGGAAAGAUAAUAGCAGUUGAGACCGAUCUGAAAAAGCUAGAUGAUCAAGCCGGGGCAAAGUCGGAGAACACUACCACAGAGAUCCAGGCUUUCAAGAACAACAUCUGGACUCUGCAGAGGCAGCUGUCUGCGGUGGAGGAACGCAUCCACAGCGAUCAAGUUAAGCUGAGUCAGCUGCAGAGCAUUGGCUCAGACAUCCAGAGCAGCCAGGGCUCCAUUCAGGGAUUGCUGGAUAGAAACACAGCCACCUUGCACUCCGUAAACGGCACCCUGCAAUCUUAUGGUGCAAUCAUUGGCGGUCUGCAGGAUGACACAGCCCAACUGCAGAGAGAGCUCCAGAUUCAGGUGAAGCUUCAGGACCAGGCGUUGCUCAGCAUCAGCAGUCUCAACUUCACCCAGGCCCAGCAGAGAGGCCUAAUCGCCGUCCUGCAGCGCUCAGUGGACGACACAAGUCAGGCCAUCCAGAAAAUGCGCAAUGACUUUCAGAGCCUCGUGCAGGCGGCCCGGCAGGUACGCACUGAUACCGACUGGCUUCGCAGGAAGGUUGAAAACCUGCAGAUCAUGUCCAGUAACACCUCGGCUCUUGCAAAAGCCAACAACGACAGCCUGGAGGAGGUGGGAUCACAGCUUGCUUUUAUGGCCAACCAGCUCCAGAACACCAGCAGCCUGGCGGACGCUCACGACCAAACCCUGAGGGAGAUUAUGGACCGGCAGAGGGAUUUUGGCAACCUCACAUCCGCCAAGUUUGACCGGCUGGAAGUGCGAUUGGAUGAGUCAGAGCAGAGCAUAGAUCGUGUGACGGGCAACAUCAGCUUCACCACACAGCUUCUGGGUGCCAUAAACCUCAACCUGAACGACUUGCGUACUUGUUCCGAAACCGUUGGCCGUCACUCGGACUUCUUGCUGAACCUAAACAGCAGCGUGACGGACGUGAGGACAGAGGCAGCCAGUCUGAGGUCCCAGCAGGAAGAGCUGGUAGCACGUGUGGACAAAGAGGUCACCAGCCUCUUUAUUGUCAUGGAGGAGAUGAAGCUGGUUGACACCAAACACUCACAACUAAUAACCAACUUCACUAUUUUACAGGGUCCUCCUGGUCCCCGAGGGCCAAGAGGGGACAAAGGACCUCAGGGGCCAGCUGGUCAGACUGGCCAGAAGGGAGAGAAAGGGGACAAAGGUGGUCCAGGGAUACGAGGACCCCGAGGAGAGCAGGGUUUCCCAGGCCCCCCAGGUCUGCCAGGGUCAAAAGGCGCGCCAGGCGUACCCGGCAGUCCUGGAUCCAAGGGUUCCCGAGGGUCAGGAGGCAGGGCCGGACCUCCUGGGACUAAAGGAGAGCCGGGGGCUGCUGGUCUGCCUGGAAGAGAUGGACAGCCUGGUCCCCAGGGGGCACAGGGCCCACCGGGUAUCAGAGGUGCAAUGGGGCCAGCAGGGGAGCAGGGGCUGAGGGGACUGCCGGGGCCAGUGGGGCCUCCGGGGCCAGCAGGACCACCAGGACAACCAGGGAUCCCAGUCCAGAGUCCAUUAACGCCUCUGGGGCCUGUGUCUCUGCAGGAUGAAGCAGUAGCUCCGACACUAUGGGCGCCAGGAUGCCCCUCAGAGUGGGUUUACUACAAAGACAAGUGCUACUUUUUCUCCAAAGAUCUGCACAGUUUCGACGAUGCAAAGGCGACCUGUGAAUCAACGUCUGCUUCUCUGUUGAUCAUCAACGAUUUAGAGGAACAGAAAUGGCUGAAGCUGCAGACCUUCGGAAAAGGUUACUUCUGGAUGGGUCUGACCGACAGGGAGGAGGAGAACGUUUGGCGCUGGCUUGAUGGGACUCAACCUGCUUUCACGAAGUGGAAGCCCGGUCAGCCUGACAACUGGGGCCACGGGCAUGAAAUGGGAGAAGACUGUGCGGGGCUCAUCCAUGGAGGGCUGUGGAAUGAUUUCUUCUGUGAAGAUCUCAUAAGCUACAUCUGUGAGAAGGAUCUGGAGACCUCAGCAGGAUCGCCUGGAUCGUAGCGACGUCUUGAAAGGGAGCUUGCAGUGAGCAGCUAGACUCCCCCCAUGUGGCACUGGUCCACCGACGCGGCACAUGGAGAGUCCAUACGGAGAGAGCAAAGGGACAAUUUUGAAAUGAGCCCAGGGCUGCAGCAGGAAACGUCUCUCCGAUGCUGAAGAGACGCCUUUCUCCUCCAAAGUGAACCAACUUCACCAGCAUGUGCAAUACAGCAGGGCAAUCACAGUAGGAGGACUUUUAUUUUUUAAAGUACCAAAUCACCAAUUGAUUUAUAAAUAUAUAUAAAUAUUUUUAUGGUUAUUUGAAAUACAUUUUAUAAAACUGUAUUCAACGUGCAACUGAAUAUCUGAAUGUAUAUUUCAUUAUGCAACUUUUGUAGGAAACUAUGAAUUCUAUGAAGCCAAGAGGACUUACCAUAGUGCUUUUCAUAACAUGUAUCUGUCUGAAAAUGAAAAGGUGCAAAAUGAUGCGCAAAAAAACACGAAAUGUCGCUGAUAUGCUAUCCUCGAGGAACCCGUUAUCUAACCUCAUGAAUGUCUAUAUAGCAUUUUCAUUUAUGCGAGUAGAACCAAAUGAAGUAUUUACACAUAAAUACAGAAAAAAAUGUCACAAUCAGCUUCAAGACUGCACGUUUACAGUUUAAUACUCUACGUAUGAUGCAGUAUUUUGUGAUUAUGAGAUUUGUUUUUCAUUAUUACAGACGCACAUGCGUUUAUGAAUCUGUGGAUCCUACCUACAAAUAUAAAAUGUGCCAUUUUCUGCACUCAGGUACUGUUUUAUUGUUAAGAGAAACACUUGAGUUUAAACGACACUACGAACCAUGAAGGAAACACUCAAAUAAAUGUAU